AUGAGCUUACAUACGUAUCGGACCGCCGCCAACCAAAUUGACACUGUUCGUGCACAUGCGUUGAACCUCUCAGCUCCUGCGCCUACCGAACUUCAUGCUGCUCACUUGCUGCAAGCCAACAGCGCCGACAGCCUCUUCGAAGUCCCUGCUCACAACGAAAUCAGAAUUACACAUCAUCAGCGACCUACCCAACUUGCAAAACGCGGUAAUGCUGAAGGCCCAGGAGGCUUACCUCAAACCGCCUCGAAAAGACCGCGAGUUCACCGCACGAGCAUUGAAAUCGAAGAACCGAGUGCAACAGCAGCAGCUCAGCUUGUCGGUGGGCAGCUGAUUGACAUAAGUCAUAACAAUCAGUCCUCCUCAAUCACCUCAACAGACGCUAUUAGGACCGACAUUCAGAUUAGCGAGGAUGAUCGAUGGUGCUUGAAUCAAAAAGUGGUGGCUUCGGCAAUUGCAGCUGUGGUCGCUAUGUCAGAAAUAAUGAACAAAAAGAAGCACCGCACCGAAAUCAUCGCCAACUCAUCACCAGAAUCGAUGGAAAGACACAUGCUCUCAUUGCAUGUGAUCCUCCGGAUGGUUGAGGAAAGCAUCCCUGGGGGAAUCCUGACGCCUCGGCCAGACAUCUAUGGGGUUGGGGAGGUGGGAAAGAUGAAGAAGGGGGAGGUCGAAAAACUGAUGGCCGAGUUGCUAAGUGUGUGUUGGAAACACCUCAAGCGGAUCGAUCUGCUAUUGAGCGAGCUGAGGAACCGGAUGGGUCUGUGGAAAUCAACCACGACCCGAUACUGUGAAUUGUUCAAGCAGCGAUGUCACGAAGCUCGGAACAUGGUCGAGGACUACUGUCCAAGCGCGGAGCGGAGGCCCUACAAAGAACGCGGCCAGGAUCAUCGGUUGAUGAUGGGGAGUGCCGAUCCACCUGCCAAUCCCUGGCUAUCCUUGUUCCCUGGCUACCAGAUGUGCACAUCGUUACCUUCAUUCGUAACGAUGCCAGUAUGCACUAGUGACCAUUUUUGCUCAUCCCCGGAUUUCCUCCGGCCCAUAUGUCGCGGGAAGUUUCGGGCAUGCGAUCCGAGUCGACAGGGCUCCCCAGGAUGGAGGACUCGCUGA